AUGGCUCUCAUCCACCUCGGCGCCGUGACUGCUCUACUUGUCCUCUUGCUUGGCAUCUUGUUCCAACCGGGCCCCGCCCCGCUGCCGGCUCCCGUGCCGGAGCGGGAUGAAGCGGCACUCAAGGUUUGCGUCGCCCUGCGAAGCCUCCAGCAGCUUGCGCCCCGCGGCAUGGGCCGGGCGGAGACGCCGUUCCAGUUCCUGGGCCUCAGCCCGGACGAGGCGCCGUUCAAGCCGCCGCUGAGCUCGAGAUAUCUGGGCCACGACGUCCAGGCGCAGAUCGAAGACGCCGUGGUCGCCGCCGGUGUUCGCGUGAGGAAGACGCUGUGGGCGAGGCUGGAAGUGAACCAGCGAGACUUGAACGCCGAGGCAAGGAUCACCACGAGUCAUCUCGUCUCCGACAUGCUGACGGACGAGGCCGCUCGUCUCCUGUAUCUGAACACUAUCCACCCUAAGAUUGGCAAGUGGAACAAGGCCGUUAAGGCUGUUAAUGGGAUCUGUGAGGGCAUUAUUGAGACGGGCUGGGGUCUUUGA